CUGGGCUAUAGGGCCUCAGCGAAAAAGGCCCAAAUAUGUCAAACUCAAGUCACUUAUCUGGGAUAUCAGCUGAGAGAUGGACAGAGGUGGUUAACCUCAGCUCGAAAACAGACUGUGGCUGGCAUCCCGGUUCCAAAAAGCCCCCGUCAGCUGAGGGAGUUCUUAGGCACGGCAGGAUUCUGCCGCCUCUGGAUCCCGGGUUACGCCGAGAUGGCUGCUCCCCUAUACCCGCUUACUAAACAAGGGACAUUGUUCCAAUGGGGGUCACAACAACAAGAGGCUUUUGACAACAUCAAGCGUGCCUUAUUGUCCUCCCCUGCCCUUGGCCUCCCAGAUGUUACCAAGCCUUUCGAGCUGUUUGUAGAUGAGAAGAAAGGCUAUGCAAAAGGAGUUCUUACACAAAGACUAGGGCCCUGGAAGCGGCCAGUGGCCUAUUUAUCAAAGAAGUUAGACCCCGUUGCUUCAGGAUGGCCACCUUGCCUGAGGAUGGUAGCAGCAAUUGCACUCCUGACUAAGGAUGCUAAUAAACUGACCCUAGGACAGCCUCUGACUAUUUUGGCACCUCAUGCGGUAGAGGCCCUGAUAAAACAACCUCCUGACCGAUGGCUCUCUAAUUCCCGCAUGACUCAUUACCAAGCUAUGUUGUUAAACACGGAGAAGGUCCAGUUUGGUCCAGUAGUGGCUUUGAAUCCGGCUACCCUACUCCCCUUACCGGAAGGAGCUGAGCCACAUGACUGCCUGCAGAUCUUAGCAGAAACACAUGGAACCAGACCAGAUCUAAUGGACCAGCCUCUUCCGAAUGCUGACUACACCUGGUAUACGGAUGGCUGCAGUUAUGUUGCGGAUGGGGAGCGGAGGGCCGGAGCUGCCAUCACCACCGAAGAUGAGGUAAUCUGGGCAAGUGCCUUACCUGCAGGUACCUCCGCUCAACGAGCCGAGCUCAUUGCCUUGACACAGGCUCUUAAGAUGGCAGAAGGUAAGAGACUAAAUGUAUAUACUGACAGCCGUUAUGCAUUUGCUACCGCACAUAUUCAUGGUGAAAUCUAUCGGAGACGGGGAUUACUUACAUCAGAAGGAAGAGAGAUCAAAAAUAAGGCUGAAAUCUUAGCUCUCUUGAGGGCUCUAUUCCUACCAAAAGGACUGAGUAUCAUACAUUGUCCAGGGCACCAGAAAGGACAGAGUCCAGAAGCCCGGGAAAACCGGCUGGCCGACGCUUCGGCUCGAAAGGCUGCGGAGAAAGGACAGAUCCUGACUCUGGUCAGUGCAGAUGACCAUGAGCAAGUUUCCCCAUGGCCAUAUGAUUCAGAGGACAUAAACCUCCUAAAGAAAAUGGGGGCAGUAUACUCUCCUCGACUAAAAAGAUGGGUCUAUAAAGAAAAGAUUGUCAUGCCUACAAAAUUGACUUUUGAAUUAAUAUCUUAUUUACAUAAACUAACUCACCUGGGAAUCAAGAAGAUGAGAACUCUCCUGGAGCGAGAGGAAGUAGGUCUUUACCUUUUGGGACAGGGUCAGGCCUUGCGAGAAGCGACUGAAAACUGUAAAGCUUGUGCCCAAGUGAACCCAGGGAAGGUGAAAAAUGGUAUUGGGACUCGUCCCAGGGGGCAUCGUCCUGGCAUCCAUUGGGAGAUUGAUUUUACUGAAAUCAGACCAGGCAUGUAUGGUUACAGAUAUCUGCUGGUGUUUGUGGAUACAUUUUCAGGAUGGGUCGAGGCCUUUCCCACCAAACAUGAGACUGCAAAGGUAGUCACCAAGAAACUUCUUGAAGAGAUUUUUCCCAGGUAUGGUAUGCCGCAAGUCCUGGGAUCGGACAACGGGCCCGCUUUCGUUUCCCGGCCCUUCCCUGGAAACCCAUCUACAAGCUUUGCAGCUCGUGCAAAGAGACAUCUGGAGACCUCUAGCUGCGGCAUACCGGGACAGACUUGAUCAGCCGACUGUGCCACACCC